UAAAUAACAAACCAAAGCGCAAAAAUCGCGGACCCGCACUCUUCUCCCUUCUCCCUCGCUCUCUCCAAACAAAAGAAAAAAAUAAUCAUCAAAUUAAAAAAAAAAAAAAUUCGAAACCCCUAAAUCCCCAAAUCUCAUAAAAAUCACACCUUUUCUCCCCAAAUUCAUGCCCAACCCUAAACCUAACUCCUCAAUUUCAAUGACUGAAUGCUCAAUCCUUACUAUUCCCCUAUAAUGAAGAUCAUGAGCCCUUGCUGGAGACCCUCGUCGGCCUUCGACGUCGCCGGCGACGACGGAUCGAGGACCGAUGGAUUGCUUUGGUACAAGGAUCUAGGGCGCCACGUGGCGGGAGAGUUCUCGAUGGCGGUUGUGCAGGCGAACAAUUUGCUUGAAGAUUCGAGCCAGAUCGAAUCAGGGGCGUUGAGCGUGGAGAGCUCGAGAUCGGGGAGCUUGUGUUGUGGGACUUUUGUUGGGGUUUAUGAUGGCCAUGGCGGGCCUGAGACCUCGCGGUAUAUUGCCGAUUGUUUGUUCCAGAAUUUGAAGAAAUUUGCUUCAGAGCAACAAGGCAUGUCUGUAGAUGUUAUAAAAAGAGCGUAUGCAGCCACAGAAGAAGGCUUCAUCUCUGUUGUAAGAAAGCAAUGGGAAAAUACGCCACAGCUUGCAUCGGUUGGUUCUUGCUGUUUGGUUGGUGUAAUUUGUGGCGGGAUGCUUUAUGUUGCAAAUGCAGGAGAUUCUCGUGCAGUUUUGGGCAGAUGGUUGAGAGGUGAGCGAGAAGUUUCAGCAGUUCAGAUGUCAACAGAACACAAUGCAAGCAAUGAGUCUGUGCGUGAGGAAUUGCAAUCUUUGCAUCCUGAUGAUCCACAGAUUGUCGUUCUAAAGCAUAAGGCUUGGCGUGUGAAGGGUAUCAUACAGAUUUCGAGAUCUAUUGGGGAUGCUUAUCUAAAGGAUGCAGAAUUUAACCGACAGCCUCUACUCGCAAGGUUUCGGGUUCCUCAACCAUUUCAUAAGUCAAUCCUUAGUGCCGAGCCAUCUAUAACUACACAUAAACUCUCUCCGCAAGAUCAGUUUAUCAUUUUUGCAUCUGAUGGUCUAUGGGAACAUCUGAGCAACCAAGAAGCUGUGGAUAUAGUUCACAACUCUCCUCGUAAUGGAAUUGCGAGAAGAUUGAUAAAAACUGCUCUGCAAGAGGCAGCAAAGAAAAGAGAGAUGAGAUACUCUGACUUAAAGAAGAUCGAUCGUGGAGUCAGAAGACAUUUCCACGAUGACAUCACUGUGGUAGUUCUAUAUCUAGACCCUAGCCUUAUCCGCAAGGCCAAUUACCUCGGCCCCACUCUAUCCUUGAGAGGAGGUGGGGCUUCUACAGAAUCUCCAUUCCUAAAGUUCUAGUACAAAGCUUUCAGAAUUCAUCUCUUUCACUUGUAGCAGAAAAUUCUUUUGUCCAGUUAAUUGCAUCGACUUGUUCUUCUGUUCUUAUGAGAGGUAGUGAAGUAAAAGCAGAGGAUCUUGAAUCUUGCAUUAUAGAAAGAAGACACGAAUAGAAGCGGGGAUUCUCAGUCUUAUCAAGAUUCUGGUUGAACUCAGAAUUUCUACUUGCAGGUCUGAGACGAUCAGAGAUUAUAGAUAGAGCUGUAGCUUUCAUGAAACUGUUUUCGACCCAUCGGUCUCAUAGUGUUGCCUUUUCAUUUUGCAGUAAUGAUCAUUCUCAGCUUUCUAAUGGGCUUUUGGAGGGAAUCUGGAGGAUAGAUGCGGUUGUAUUUGCUACUUUGUAUUUGAAGACGGCAAAUAGAGACUACUUUUGAAUGUAGAGAAAUUAUAUUAGUGUUCACUGUAGAAUUACUCUGGUGCAAUAUAAUUUAUGCGAAGUCUGUUUUGUAAAGAAAGCCCCUAGUUUUGGUACAUAUUCAUAUUCGUGGUAAUUCAAUUUGGUAGAUAAAACAUGGUGAUGUGCUUAUUUAACUUAACCUUGCAGUUAUUUGGAUUUGGAUCCUUUUCACUAUGAAAACAUAGUGGAGAGACCAUUGUUUUUUUUAUA